ACUUCCUCUGUGUUAUUUCGCUGUUACGAUGAGACUCCUGCUUAUUGCAUUCCUCCAAGUAGCACUAGCUGAUCCCCCCAAAGAAGUCUCUGGGUACAUUGGGGAAACCAUCACCCUGCCCUCAGGAGCUGAGCCAUCAUGGACUCUCUCAGAUAUUUAUUGGUCAAUAUUUCCCAACAACACUUGGAUUGCCACCUAUGACAAUAAGGAGGAAAACACUGACCGCAUCAGUCAGUAUAAAGGGAGGCUCAGUCUAAACAUCAAGUCAGGUGACUUGACAAUCCGUAAUUUGACCACAAAGGAUGCCAUGGAAUACACUGUAGACCUUACCAAUGCUGCAGGAAAGAAUAAUGAAAACAAGAUUAAGGUCACUGUAAAACAACACCUCCAGAAACCAAACAUAAAGACCUCCCCAGCUGGAUCUGCAGGAGAAGACUGUUGGAUGGUGAUGCAUUGUUCUUCACCAGAUAAAGAUGUUGGCCUCUCCUGGCAGGUUAAACCUCCAAGUGUGACUAACUACCCCACGAUUAAUCCAGACAACAACUCUACAUUUCUUUUAGUAUUUCUUAACACCACACAAAAUCCUGUUGACGUCACCUGCACCUUCAGCAAGAAUAUGGAGAAUACCUCAACUGUUGUUACUUUGAAGUAUGAUGGUAAGCUUUAUUUUGUGGUAGUUACAUUUUGGAACAUGUAACAUGCAAGCACAAUAUAAGGUAAGAUGACAACUUAAAAGAUCUACAUUAAGGUCAUUAUUAUGUCACUUAAUAUCAUGCUUUAGUGAUGUGUAUUCUUUAACACAUUUUCUAUUAAAUUAGCACAAACCAGUUCA